AUGGCACCAGCUCAUGUUUACAGACAGAUCAGUGCAACGUUCGCAUCCUUUCUCCAAUCUGUCACGACAGGCAUAAUCAUGGGCUUCACGGCAGUAUUGUUGCCACAAUUAGAAAUGGACGAAUAUUUCACCUACGAUAAAAACUUCGACUCAUGGAUUGCUGCAAUUUCACCACUAGCCAUGAGUAUUGGUGGUCUCUUCUCAGGUGGUUUGAGCGACUUGAUCGGCAGAAAGAUGGGCCAGAUCAUACUUAUUAUUCCCUCUAUCAUCGGUUGGAUCAUAAUGGGCGUCUCGGGCAACAACCUACUGAUGCUUAUCGGCAGGAUCGUCACAGGGAUCUGUGCUGGAGCAUCAAGAUCCAGUACCUUAGUCUAUGUUGGAGAAGUAACUGACCCAAAAUACAGACCAGUAGCUUUUAUUACUUACUCUACUGGUAUCCAAUUUGGAACUCUAGUGAGUCAUACGGUUGGAAAAUAUUGUAAUUGGAAAACCAGUUGUUACCUUUUUGCAAUACCUAAUUUUAUAAGUUUAAUAAUACUUGUAUUUUUAAAAGAAAGUCCUCUAUGGUUGCUAGCUAAAAGUAGAAUCGAUGAAGGAGUAAAAUGCUUUAGAUUAUUCAGAGGUAAUGGAGAGAGUUCACAUAAAGAAUUAUGCACAGUUUUGGAAACAUGUCAAGGAAAACCUAAGAAGACUUCUUUUAGAGAUGUUUUGGAUUUAAUAUUUAGUAAACCAUUUAUAAAGUCUGUUUUUACAACGUUCGUAAUAUUUGCAGCAGCACAGUGGUGUGGCGUCAACACAUUAUCUUUUUACGCUCAACAGAUAUUUGAGAAAACUUUUUCUAGUAACAUAGAUCCAUUUUUAUUUAUGGUAGCCACUGAUUGCUUAAGAACAGUCAUGACUGUCAUUUACUGUGUAUUAUCCAAAACCGUUCCACGAAAGAUUACUUACGUUGUCUGCUGUUUUGUCACUACUUUAUUAUUACUUGUCAUAUUAGCGUACCUGUUACUAAGGCCAGUAGGAUUGGAAUCUUUGGCAGUUACCGCUACGAUAGCGUAUCUUUGUGCAUCUGGAGCUUUACCUGCUAUUUCAUGGUCAUUCGUGGCUGAAAUAUUUCCAGUUGCAGUUCGUGGAUUUGGAUCAGGUUUAAGUACUUGUGUAUGUUGUGUGCUACUAUCUAUAUCUGUUAAAGUUACUCCUGCGGUUAUUGUAAACUAUGGGAUGACGACAUUAUUUGGGGGUUUUGCUACCGUGUCAUUGGUUACUGGUAUAUUAUUGAUAUUUCUAUUACCAGAGACAAAUGGUAAGAGUUUGCAAGAAAUUGAGAACAGUCUGUAUAAAAAGAAGAACAUUGUUCAAGAUAAUUUUGAGGUUGUAGGAGUGCUAUCAAAAUAUUCAGGUCAAUUGUCGAUACGAAAUGAUCUUUAG